GAGAAGGAAACAAGAAGGUUAUUAACGGACGAAAAGUGUAAUUAAAGAAAAAAUAAUACUUAUUAAUGGAUGAAAAGUUAAAUUAAAGUAAUAAUAAUACAAUUGUUCGUAAUAUUCAUAAUAAUCAUAUUAAACAGAAAGGAAGAGCGUGGAAGAUGGGCCCUCUCUGUCUGUUGCUUUGAAUUUCCGUCGGUGUUUUAUCAUGGGCUUCGGACCUUGUCUGAGAGAGAAAUUUCAGUGGGGUUAGGCCUAUUUGUCUUGUUUGGCAGUUUUCGCAAACUGUUCAAAUUUUUGGACAGAGAAUAUGGCAAUUUUUAGAGAGAGAAUACAGCGGGUUCCAAUCGUUCCUCUUUUGACAAAGUUGGGUUGGUUCCGUUGUGGCAAUUCAGACUGUUGAUGUGUUUUUUGGCAUCAGCUGACUAAUUGCGGAGAAAACCAUAAUCUAGAUCAGGAGAACCCAACAAAACUUCGAAAUAAUACCAGAAUUUUUGCUGCAGCUGUGUAAAAACUCAAGAAACAGGACAUGCACUAGUAGUUUAAAGAUGGAGAAAGAAACAGAAGUCCACAAGUGUUCAGCAUUGGUUGAUGGUGAGGUAGCUGCUCUCAAAGAAGCACUUCGAACCCAACACCGACUUCUUCAAGAGCUCUAUUCAGAUUUAGAUGAGGAGAGAGAAGCCGCUUCCACUGCAGCAAGUGAAGCCCUUGCCAUGAUUCUGCGCUUACAAGAAGAAAAAGCUGCAGAAAUGAUGGAGGCCCGACAAUACAAGAGACUUGCAGAGGAGAAGAUGCACCAUGCCCAGGAAUCUCUAGCAAUCUUUGAGGACCUCAUGUACAGGAAAGAGAUGGAAAUUUCUUCCCUAAAGUUUCAAGUUCAAGCCUAUCAACACAAACUUUUGAGCUUGGGUUUCAGUGAUCUUGAAGAUAAGUCGAAAGCUUAUUGUGGACAUGGGGAUCAUGGAUUGAUAAGGAGGAAUACUUCCUUGCCUAUAUUAAGACAUAAAGAUCCACAGUUUGAGAAAGGGAGUAUGAGUGGGGGGCGUUCUUCUCUCCCAAUUUGCUUAGAAUCUGUUGGUCAAGUGCCUAUACCGGAAUCAGAACCAGAGGAGCUUGUUGUUCACUGCGAAGGUGCUGCCAAAGGCCCUGUAAAUAAGCAAGAUGGGAAGGUGCAAUAUGGGGGCACUUGCCCAAUUGGAGAUUGUGAAGAGGUUUCUGAGGAGCCCAAUUGGGAGGAUUGUGAUUCUUACUUGGAGAGGAUAGAGAAAAUGAAUGAAAAGAUAGCGGAAUUGUCUCAAAGGAAUAGCGUUAGUGGUGGGGUUGAUGCUGAAUGGGCCACCACCAACAAGGAACUCCAAAUGGCAAUUGCAGCUUACUCGGCGAGUUUGAAGGCAGGGAGUAGGUCGUGUUCUUGGUAUUCCACUCUUACUGGUGGAGAAGAUCCAUUUGAUUCAGUCAGAGAAGAAAAGGCAAAAGAUAUGGGUCUGGGACGUUUAACAACCCAAAUUGAAGAGGAUUGUGAUUCAUCAGAACUCGAUAGAUUUAUAUCAUGCUUUGGGCCUCAAAUGACGGAAAAGAAGGUUGAGCGUUCAAUUGAUAAGGAUUUGGGUGUUCAUGAUAUUUUCGAGAUUCAGCAAGAUCAUGACAAACCUGAAACUUGUGAAGAAUUCCCUGACACAUUGGUAUUGGAAAAUGGGGAUAGGCUUAGGAAACCAGAAAAAACACCCACCAAAGUCAAAGGGCCAUAUGAAUGGGAAGAUCUGAAUUGGAUUAAAAAAGCGUUGCCAUUUCUAUGCCAAGAGAGAAAAUUAUCUACUGCAGAAAAUGGUAUUAUGGGUGAUAUUGACCAAUGCUUGAAUUCCAAAAAUUGUGAUCCUUCUUCGCUAGUCGAAAUUCAGGAGCUUAAUUUGAGGUUGAAGAGACUAGAAGGCGAGAGGGAAGAUAUGAAGCGGGAGGCUUCCGAGAGGAGAGAGGAAGAGCUCAAGAUGCUGAGGGAUAUAAGUGAGCAGCUUAACACAAUACAGUCCCAGAUAAAAAUCCCAAAACCUCAGAAGCGUUCUUUACCAGAUGAACCGUCUCUAGUAUCUAUUAUGGAGGCAAUGCUAUCCUUUUCCCUGUAGAUCUCUUCGAGUGAUUGAAAAGUUUCAUGCUGAAUGUUCUAGUGCAUUCUUCUCCAACCACAUUCCAACCACAUUGUGCAGAACGGUCAAAUUCUUUUUGAGCUUUAUCACUGCUCAUACGAAUCUUUGGUGUUGAUAUUAAGUUUGGCUGCAUCUAUUAAGUAUGUAAAUCACAAUUAAUCUUUUUGCUUCUGUUGAUAGUUUGUAUAACAGCUAAUUGUCAAUGUUUGAUUCAAGGGAUAGUUACAAAUAAUACAGGAUUGUUGGGAUUGUUUUGUUUUGUAAAAUCUUAUAGCAGAACCAGACUACCAGUGUUAUCAUUUAGAAGACACGAAUAUAUUUGUUGAGAAUCUUGAGAUA